UCACUUGUCACCUUAUCUCGGGCGACGACGUAACGUGUUUUCGAUUUCACGUGCCGAUUAGAGUGGAAAGCUUUCGCUACUCCGCUGUGCGCGACUUCUCCGGUUGCCGUGGUGAUUCCUGUCGAGUUUCCGACUUUUCGUCCGUUCCUGGCAGUCGUUUCUAUUCGUACCUAGUCAUGCCGCCAAAGAAAUCGAAGAAAUCAAACAAGAACAACCAGGAUUGGGCCGGCGACGACGACGAUUCGGUUGUGGAUAUAUUGGCUGCUGUCAAAGCAAAUGAUGAUGUAACAGCUGAAGAACCUGUGCAACCUAACCGUGGAAAUAAAACUUCUAAAAAAAACAAGAAAAAGAACAAAAAUCAAGAUUGGGAAGAUGAAUCUGAAGAUUUGGUAGAUAUUGUAGCCGCCUCAGCAGUAAAUGAUGUAGCAACUGUUAAUGAACCUUCACAACCUAACCGUGGGAAUAAAGUUUCUAAAAAAAACAAAAAGAAAAAUAAAAACCAAGAUUGGGAUGAUGAAUCAGAAGAUUUAGUUGAUCUUUUGGCGGACACAAAAUUAAAUGAUGAUGAUGAUGACAAUGUUGAAGAAAUUCCACAACCAAUUCGUGGAAAUAAGAUAUCCAAAAAGAACAAGAAAAAGAAUAAGAAUCAACAACAAGAUUUGGAAGAAGACUCUGCAGUCGAUGAUGAUAAUGAUAUUGAUAUUGAUGAUAUUGAUAUUGAUAAUGAUGAUGAAGACGUUAACACCUUGCCUAGUAUGGUUUCAAUACCACCCAUUGAAGAAGUCACUAAUGAUAAACUGACAAAAAUUUCAACAGGAAAAAUUUCAAAAAAGAACAAAAGAAAAAAGAAAGAUUUUGAUUUGGAAGAAGACGAUGAUGACACAUUAGUUCAAGACAAUGGUGUCAGAAUUAGUGACAACAAUAAACCUUUGGAUAAUGUUGUAGAAGAAGCUGUCAAUGCCGACAAUGAUCUGACAAUCGUAGAAAAGGUUGCUGAAGAUAAUGAAGAUGAUAGUACUCCUACAGCUAAACCAGAUGAAGACGUAGUCAACGAAGAUGGCGGUGAUAUAGACGAUGAGCUGGAAGCCGCUAAGCUUUUAGGGAAAAAAAAGAAAUCGAAAAAAAACAAAAAGAAGAAAAAUUAUGACGAGGAAAUCCUUAUGGAGGCGCCAACAUCUGAUGUGGCGGCGGAUGACGAUGGGAGCAAUGAGCCUGCUGUUGAUGCCAAAGAAGUUGAUUUGGAAGCGAAAUGUGUAAUUGAUGACGAAGAAAAGCCCAUUGAACAGGGUUCUGACGUUGUAGCUGACGCCGAGGACGCAGUGGCGACGUCCAUUAACGCUGAUGGCAAAAACGACGAUAAUACGGACCAACUUGUGGACGACGCUGUACCAGAGGUAGUAAAAGUGCCCAAACAAAAGUCGAAAUCAAAGGAGAUAAACAAAUCCGAUAAAAUGUCUCAUAAGGAGAAGAAAAAAAUGAAAAAAGAGAUGGAGUAUCAGAAACAAAUGGAUUUGAUGACCAAGAAAGGAGGCCAGGGUCACAGUGAGUUGGGCGCCAACUUUUCGGUGUCACAGAUUCAAAAGACGGCGGGUCAGCUAGCGGCCAUGGAGCACGCUGUCGACAUCAAGAUCGAUAGCUUUAGCAUCGCAGCCAAGGGUCAAGACUUGUUUGUCAACGCCAGCUUGCUGAUUGCCCACGGCCGACGGUACGGUCUGGUCGGGCCAAAUGGUCACGGAAAAACGACACUGCUCAGACACAUUGCCGAACGUCUAUUCGACGUGCCACCGGGUAUUGAUAUCCUAUACUGUGAACAAGAGGUAGUGGCUGAUGAAACAACAGCGGUUCGGGCCGUACUUAGAGCGGACACGCGGUGUACGGAGUUGCUAGCUGAGUGCAAAAAACUCGAGGAAGCUCAAGAAAAAGGCACGGGAGAAGAUGUAACAGAAAGGCUAAAUGAAGUAUAUGACGAGCUCAAAGUGCUCGGGGCUGACUCAGCUGAACCCCGGGCUCGGCGAAUACUUGCCGGUCUUGGUUUCUCCGCGGCCAUGCAGGACCGGGCCACCAAAGAUUUCUCGGGAGGAUGGCGGAUGCGCGUGUCCCUUGCCCGGGCCCUGUUUCUGGAACCUACGUUGUUGUUACUCGACGAACCGACUAACCAUUUGGAUUUGAACGCGGUCAUCUGGCUGGACAAUUAUUUGCAGGGAUGGAAGAAAACUCUGUUAGUUGUAUCUCACGACCAGAGCUUUUUGGACAACGUGUGUAACGAAAUUAUUCACUUGGACCAGAAGCGAUUGUUCUAUUACAAAGGUAAUUACAGUAUGUUCAAGAAAAUGUACUCGCAGAAGAAAAAGGAGACCAUCAAAGAGUACGAAAAACAGGAGAAACGGCUGAAAGAAAUGAAACAACAAGGUCAAUCCAAGAAGCAAGCCGAGAAAAAACAAAAAGAAGUGUUGACCCGUAAACAAGAAAAAAACAAGGGCAAACCGGGUAAAGGUGCUGGCAUGGACGAUGAUGACAACGCUGAACCCACGCAGCUAUUACAGAAACCUAGAGACUACAACGUCAAAUUUUCUUUCCCCGAUCCCAGUCCAUUACAGCCUCCUAUACUGGGCCUGCACAGUACGAGUUUUGCUUAUCCCAAUCAGAAGCCGUUGUUUAAAAACGUCGAUUUUGGUGUUGACCUCAACUCCCGGGUAGCUAUUGUUGGGCCCAACGGUGUAGGCAAGUCGACGUUCCUCAAGCUAUUGACCGGUGACUUGCAGCCUACCAUCGGUGAAAUGCGAAUGAACCAUCGGAUGAAACUUGGAAAGUUCGACCAACAUUCUGGUGAACAUUUGACUGCCGAAGAGACGCCUGCCGAAUAUCUGAUGCGGCUGUUCGACCUGCCGUACGAGAAAGCCCGCAAGCAACUGGGUACUUUCGGGCUGGCUGGCCAUGCGCAUACCAUCCGCAUGAAGGACCUGUCCGGUGGACAAAAAGCUCGUGUCGCCCUGGCUGAACUCUGUCUUAACGCUCCCGACGUAAUUAUACUGGACGAGCCUACAAACAACUUGGAUAUUGAAUCUAUUGACGCUCUUGCAGAAGCAAUAAAUGAUUACAAAGGAGGUGUUAUAAUUGUAUCUCACGACGAACGGCUGAUCCGUGACACGGAAUGUACAUUAUGGGUUAUCGAGGACCAGACCAUCAACGAAGUGGAUGGCGACUUUGACGACUACAGAAAGGAGCUGUUGGAGUGUCUGGGCGAGGUAGUUAACAGUCCAAGUAUCGCUGCCAACGCGGCCGUCGAACAAUAGUGGCCACCCUGGUGUCGUCUUAUCGAUUAUAAAUUAUAUUUAACAAUUUUGGUUGCGCGGGCGCAUCAGAUACUUGUAAUUAUAUUGCUGUUGUCU